AUGGAUUUGUCUGUUUUGUUAGUCGGGGCGGCGUUGGCGGCCAUGUUGAUUUUUGUCAGAGAAUGGUUGCAGCAAACUGCAUCAACCGGCGGCGACACCACCGCAGUCGGCGGCGGCGACACCACCGCAGUCGGCGGCGGCGACACCACCGCAGUCGACGGCGGAGACACCACCGCAGUCGACGGCGGCGACACCACCGCAGUCGACGGCGGAGACACCACCGCAGUCGACGGCGGAGACACCACCGCAGUCGACGGCGGAGACACCACCGCAGACGGCGACGGCGACACAACCGCAGUCGGCGGCGGCGACACCACCGCAGUCGGCGGCGGCAACACCACCGCAGUCGGCGGCGGCAACACCACCGCAGUCGGCGGCGGCGACACCACCGCCGUCGGCGGCGGCAACACCACCGCAGUCGACGGCGGCGACACCACCGCAGACGGCGACGGCGACACCACCGCAGACGGCGACGGCGACACCACCGCAGUCGACGGCGGAGACACCACCGCAGACGGCGACGGCGACACCACCGCAGUCAACGGCGAUGACACCACCGCAGUCAACGGCGAUGACACCACCGCAGUCGGCGGCGGCGACAACACCGCAGUCGAAGGCGGCGACAACACCGACUCCGACGCUGACUUAGAGACGGACAUUAAGAGCAGAACGGGCGACACCACCGCAGUCGGCGGCGGCGACACCACCUCAGCCGACGGCGGCGACACCACCUCAGCCGACGGCGGCGACACCACCUCAGCCGACGGCGGCGACACCACCACCUCAGCCGACGGCGGCGACACCACCACCUCAGCCGACGGUGACGACACCACCACCUCAGCCGACGGCGGCGACACCACCACCUCAGCCGACGGUGACGACACCACCACCUCAGCCGACGGCGGCGACACCACCACCUCAGCCGACGGUGACGACACCACCACCUCAGCCGACGGCGGCGACACCACCUCAGCCGACGGCGGCGACACCACCACAGUUGAUGGUGGCGACAACACCUCAGUCAACGGCACCACCUCAGUCGGCGGUGACACCACCUCAGUUGACAGUGGCGACAACACUGACUCCGACGCCGACUUAGAGACGGUAACCAUCGGUGUAAAGGUGCCCCACUAA